GACAUGGUUUUGGCUCUUGUUAAGGGAGCUACCUUUUUCUUUGUGACUGGACUUGGCUUUGUGGGGAACAUGUUUGUUUUGGUGAAUUACCUAUUCAUGUUUGAAGGCACGCAGAAGAAAUCUAUACACUUUAUAUUUAUCCACUUGACUUUUACAAACAUUAUGAUCCUUCUCUUAAAAGGAAUACCAAAGACAAUAGCCUUAGAUAUGGGAAACUUCUUUGAUGAAAUAGGCUGUAAGAUCAUUGUUUACUUCACAAGAAUGGCUCGAGGACUUUCCAUCUGCACCAGCAGUCUCCUCACCCUGGUCCAGGCCAUCAUCAUCAGCCCCAGAGACUCUGUGUGGAGAAAGCUAAAGCUUCAAUCUGGAUGGCACAUCCUUCUCCCAUUGCUGUUCUUUUGGAUUCUCAAUUCCUUGAUAAGCAUGAACUUACUAUUCCACAUAAAAAAUAUCAGUAGGAACACAUCACAAAUUAGCAAACAUGACAACUAUUGCUAUUUUGUACCAGACAACUUGAUAAUGAGAUGGAGUUUUCUUACCCUCAUGGUCUUGAGGGAUGCUGUGUUUCAGGGUAUCCUGGGUGUGGCCAGUGGCUACAUGGUAUUUCUCCUCCAUAAGCACCACCAGCGUGUUCUCUACCUUCAGAACUCCAACUUUCUCUGCAAAACUCCCCCUGAAAUGAAAGCUACUCAAAAUGUUUUAUUUCUGAUGCUUUGUUUUCUUUUCUUUUAUUGGACAGAUUGUUUUCUUUCUUUAUAUCUAACUUUGUCUUUAGAGAAUGAAUCCACAACGCUGGCUGUUCAAGAAUUUCUGUCCCUUGGUUAUGCACUUUUCAGUCCCUUUGUACUCAUUCCCAGAGGUGGACAUCUGGCUGAGUGUUGGCAAUCUCAAUAA